AUGUUUACAGCGACUCCAAAACGGAGGCUCGAGCAUCUUGAUGAAGCUGCCCCAGUAAAGUCCUUACAGCAAUGGCAGGCUUCAUGGUGCAGCGAAGAAAGCCCGUUGCUGUCUAAGGAUGAUCCCCUGACUUGUACUAUCUGCCUUGAAGAAGUUCUGACCCCCCAGCCAGUGCAUUGCCUAGGAUGUAGACAUGUCUUACACUGUUGGUGCCUCGAAAAGUGGUUCCUGCGCUUUCACAAUACCUGUCCUGUAUGUCAUAGAACUAUUUGUUCAGAUGAAACAGUCGACAUUGUUUGA